GAGGCGCUGGCCAUCUACUUCCCGUGCAUGAACUCCUUCGACGACGAGGACGCGGAAGGGGACAGCCGGAGGCUGAAGGGAGCCAUCCAGAGGAGCACAGAGACGGGCCUGGCGGUAGAGAUGCCCAGCCGGACCCUGCGCCAGGCCAGCCAUGAGUCCAUUGAGGACAGCAUGAACAGCUACGGCUCGGAGGGCAACCUUAACUAUGGGGGAGUCUGCCUGGCAUCGGACGCCCAGUUCAGUGACUUCCUGGGCAGCAUGGGGCCAGCGCAGUUUGUGGGCCGCCAGACCCUGGCCACCACGCCGAUGGGAGACGUGGAGAUUGGCUUGCAGGAGCGGAACGGCCAGCUCGAAGUGGACAUCAUCCAGGCUCGGGGACUGACGGCCAAGCCAGGCUCCAAGACACUGCCAGCGGCCUACAUCAAGGCCUACCUGCUGGAGAAUGGCGUCUGCAUUGCCAAGAAGAAGACCAAAGUCGCCCGCAAGUCGCUGGACCCACUGUAUAACCAGGUGCUCCUGUUUCCUGAGAGUCCCCAGGGCAAAGUCCUGCAGGUGAUCGUGUGGGGGAACUACGGGCGGAUGGAGCGGAAGCAGUUCAUGGGUGUGGCCCGCGUGCUGCUGGAGGAGCUGGACUUGACCACUCUGGCCGUGGGCUGGUACAAGCUCUUUCCCACCUCCUCUAUGGUGGACCCAGCCACAGGCCCCCUGCUCCGGCAGGCAUCCCAGUUGUCCCUCGAGAGCACCGUGGGGCCCUGCAGCGAGCGAUCUUAAUGCCAGGGAUGGGGAGGGGCUCCCCGAGAUGGCCUGGAGACCACCCAGCCCCGACCUGGGACCCCAGGCCCAGGGGCACCUUGAACAGAGGAGGAUGGAGUUCUCCCCCACAGCGGGGAAGCAGAAUGGGGAGACCUGCCCCCCUUGAGACCCUCCUCACCCCUUCUUUGCCUCCUGUCCCGAGACCUUUCCUCUCCCAACGGGAUUGGCUGCACUUUUGACUUGGCCGGUUCUUGACCUGGUGGAUGUGGCUGCAAUUCGGAGAAGGGAAAGACUGAGGUGGCAGAGCAAACCAUUCUCCUGCCCCAGACACUGUCUGACCGUUCCCCCUUUUUGCGUCCUCGGAAGCUCGCUGCCCGGAGCCAAGUCCAGAACCCAGCGGCCAUCUCCAUGGUGCCAAUUACCAGCAAGUGUCUUUCCUGCGGCACCGGGUUCAGGCAGCUACACCUGCCCCAAAGCUGAUGGGGCAGCUUUGCAAGGAUCCGGAGCCAGCUCCGGGGGGCCCAGAGCCCCCCACUUGAAGAGGAGCUCAGGCCUCCCUCCACCUGCCCGUGGAAGGAGCUUUGCCGCAGCCUGUCCGAGUCCAUCUGUCUGUCCUCUCCUGCCUGCCCCUCUGCCGGUCACUCUAGGAAUUGGGGUCCAGCAGGGACCAAAGGACAGGGGGAGGUGCCCAGGGCCUGGCACAGACCCCCCAGGGUGCCUCUCUCUGUGGGAUUGCAACAAGUUACUUUGGAAACUAUCAGACUGGGAAGAACUCUGUCAUCUGGGUUUUGGUGGAGCUAUGGGACCCCGAUUUUCCAGAACCCCAAGCCCAGAGAGCUCACCAUCUUUGUAUUUUGGGGUGCUGGGUUGGAGAGGGAGUCUGGGGAAAGCUGGGAGUGGGACUGGUGAUGCCAAGGUGAGGGUUUCCCAAAUUGGGGAAUCCCUUCUUGUUGGAUGAGGUCAAAAGUCAUCUUGUCUACCCCUCUGCCUCCAGGUGAGGGGUCUGGGGAGGCAACAGAGCUCCCCUAUUUUAGUCUUUUUAAACAAACCACGUGUACUAAGGGCAGAACCCACUGCCCCGGCCUCAAUAACCUUGGCUCAAGGAGAGAAGGAGAGUGUGGAGGUGGUGUGAGUCUAAGAACUGGGAGAUUCCCUCUCAAGCAAGCCUGGGUAGCUGCCUUCUGGGCCCAGCCCUCCCUGGGGCCUACGGAAGCCCUUUUGCAUGCUUGGGGAGGACUGGGGCUGGCCCCUCUUUAUAGAAGCACAUUUCUGCCACCUCCCCUGGGAGGCACCCAGCAGCCCACCACCCCUGAUUACCCAGUCCCUGCUGUGUAGGGCGUAGUCCAGGUUAGCUGGGUAGUUAGUGUUCCAAGCCCUGGGGCCUGUUCUUAGCUUGCAGAUAGUUCUCCCAGAGUCCUGGGAUGGGGUGGAGAGGAGACCCCUGUCUCCUCGCUGGCCUGGGCCUGGAGCUCGGGAGGCCAGCAAUUCCUUCUCCCCCCCCCCCCCCCCGUAGGGUUGUAGCUGUGGGGCUGCCCCACUAUACUCAGAUGUUCUUGGUUAUUAUCCUUGGUACUGAUUUUAUUUACGAAGCACUCCUGAGGAUGUGGUCCUUGGUGGAGGGGGCCCGGGCUCCGUUAAAAGGGGGUCAUUUUCCACUGAGGAGACCAGGCUAUGUCUGGUCCUGCCUUGUCCCUGGUCCCACUCUAGGCUACUGACCAGGCGAUUCUCUCACCUGGCAUUCCUCCCCGCACCCCACCGUGCCCCACCCCAUCCAACCCCCAGCUUGUUUGAGUCCUGGGCAUCCUUUAAAGUCUGGUUGAGUUCAUUCGCCUCCAUGGCGCUUCUCACACUGCACUGGGAAGGGGUGAUGGACCCCUUCAUCCAAGAGACCUUCAGAGCUCCCUAGGUUUGUGGGGGUGGAACCCUAAGACUGGAGCAGGAGGCAGCCAGGCUCUGGGUAGACUGACAUCUGAGGCCCGGGAUCAGCCCUUCCUCCAUUUUUUUUUUUAAGCCAUGUGACUUCUCUGCUGUUCAUUUAUUACUCGCCAUUUGGAAUAUUUUGAGCCAGGAGAGCGCCUCCUCUCUCUGCAGCCAUCACCGCUCUGGUUAUUCAGGGGUCGUUUUCAAAGACGGGCAGAGCCUGGCUGUCCCAGCCAGAGGGAGAGGGGGCUUGGUGCCCCCCCCCAGCCUGAGCCCGCCCUCUGGUGUCUGCGCAGCCUUUAUAAAGAGAGAGAGAGAGAGAGAGAGAGAGAGAGAGAGAGAGAGAGAGAGCUCCAAAGCAAUAACAACACUCUGGGGUGGUCCCCAAGGGCCCCCUCACUGACUUUCUUGUUUGUUUUGUGAAAUUUCAGCUCACCUCCUGGUGGGGUGGGGUGAGUGAGGGCUGGAGCCCUAUUUCUUUGUAUCACCAUUGUGAGCACGUGCCUCCCACCCCCUUCCAAGGGGCUCUGACCAUUUGGCAUGGGAACUACCUUCUGUCCUUACUGAGGGAAGGGGGUUAUUAGCUUUGGGAACCUUCAAGCCCAGCCUGUCCCCACUGCUGUCAGAUCCUUUGCAGCUCAAACGCCACCAUUUGGGGAGAGGACCAGAGAGGAUAGAGCUGGGGGCAUUCAGGGUGGGGAGGCUGGGGUCUCUCGGGGGAAUGAUUUUUUUCAAUCUCUGGGCCAACGGUCACAUGCAGGGGUAGCGUGGGAGGGAAUCGUCUCCACUUUCCUUGUCCAGAGUCCACUUUUCAUACCAAAGGGAAAGGAGCUUUGGGACCGUUAGUAAAGUCAUUUCCAUCUUACAGGUGAGGAGACCGAGGCCCAGUGCAGGAAGAGCUGCCUUGGGUCACCUGUGAGUUCGAUGGCACCCCCAGCCUGGGCCUCCUCAUCCUCGUACCUGAGGCUGAGCUAGAGCCUGGGCAGGACAAGGUGGCACUGCCACUUCUCACAACCCUUCCUCCUCCCUUCUCAGUGGAGCCUCCCAGUGGCCUUGAAAAGAUGGGCAGGGCAAAUUGUAGCCCAAUUGAGAGAUGAGGAAACCGAGGCCCAGAGUCAGCAAGCGAGCAUUGGGUACAGAACAGGGGUUCCAUUGUACUUCCUUCCUGGGACAGGAGACCACUGAUCCAGGACAUGGCUGCCAUGAUAAGUAUUUGUGGCCUUGAAGCCCUGGGCCACCCAGUCCUGCUUGGUUCCAUCUCCAUGGGCCAGUAACUUUUCUGGGACCGGGUUUGGGGAAGAGGGUUGCCAUAGAGACCUAGCUCUCCUGGGGGACACCAAGGGGCCAUAACCCUCCAGGACCAACUUGAGAGAGGUAAGAAGCACCAGGUCCUGCCUGGGGCCAUGGGGGAGUGAGGCGGCUAUAGUACACCUCAUCUUAAGGAAACCCUCACAAAACCUUCAGAGGUAAUCAUGUCUGAUCUUCCUGUAGUACUUUUCAAACGUUUUGUUUUCCAAGUGCUUUUACCUCGAGUAUACCCUCACAGGCCCUGGGCAGUAGGUGGGGCCUCUAUCAUCAGCCCCAUUUUAAAGAGGAGAGAGCUGAGGCCCUGAGAGGGGAAGGUGCCUGCCAAGGUCCCACUGUGAGUGAGUGGCAGAGCCUGGACCAGAGCUCAGUUCUGCAAUAGCUCAGAGCCCUUUCUUCUACACGGGGAGGUAAAGCAGUUGAGGGGGUGGUUAUGCACUUUACAAGCUGAGUCACCCUCCAGUCCCUGAAAGCAGGAGCUCCUGGGCCCCACCCCCCUUGGAGCACAGCUGUUGCAUCAGGCAAGGCCACCUGCAUUUAUUUAUUGAGCAGCAGUGCUGUGCCAGGCCCAGGGGACUGAGCUGUCCCUGUACCCCUGUAAUGACUCCUGCAGCUCUCUGGGAGGGCCCUGUGUCUGUAUAGCAGCACCUCAGCGUGAACAGGAGGCUUUCAUGUCCAUGAGCAUCUGACUCACAAACCCCGUGGAGAGGCUGACCGUGUCCAUAUUAUUCAUAGCUUCUGUGAGAGCAAGGUGGAGACUUGAACCCAGGGCCUCAGGCAUCACAGCUGAAGCCAUUUCACUGGACGACUGCCUCCUGAGGGGGUGGCAGGAAGGCAGGACUCCGGGUCCGCAGGCUGGGGCCUCUCUGUCCACCCACCUCUCCCUCAUUCCCUGUCUGGGAGCUCGGGCCUUUGAGGAGGGAGGGUUUCCGGGGCCCCUGGGUUGGAGUGGGUCACGUUGCAUUGUGUUCAUGACCAUGUAGCUCAUGUUGAAAAUUAAAGUUUUUGGCUUUUCUAA